UCACCAUCAUCAUCAUAGAAAUCGAAAUAAGAAUCAACAAAUUUUUACAAACGAUAGCAAAAUAGCUAAUAAAAACAAAAUUCAUGUCAUCGAUGAACAUGAACAACAACAACAACAACAAUCAUCAACAUCAGCAUCAUUGGAAAAAUCGGAAAAUAUUUUCCUAAAUCGUUUAUUUAAUUCAAUAACAAAUUCCAUCGGAAUGAUCAAUAUGAAUAAACAUUUGAAUUCUGUACAGAAUUUUAUGGAUCGAAAAAUGACUAUGAUGACGACAACGAUGACUACAUCAACAACUACAACGACAACGACAACGGAAUUUGUAACAACAUCAACGAUACAUACAAUGACAGCCAAAUCUAACAAUAAUAAGAGCAAAAUGAUGUCUAAUAUUUCUUGUGAUAAUCAAAAUCAACAACAACAACAACAACAACAACAAACAUCAUCAAUUGAUGAUGAUAAAUCAUUAAAUUCACAAUGUGAUCAUCAUGAACAUCAACGUCAUAUACCAUAUCAUAUGUUGGAUAAUAAUGAUGAUGAUGAUAAUAAUCAAAAUAAUCAUCCAAAUAAUAAUAAUAAUCAUCAUCAUCAUUGUUGCGAUAAAUAUCAUCCAAUUGAUCAAUCAUCCAUUAUAUCGGAACCAUUUUGUCCAUUCAUUAUAAUGCGUGAAUCACCAUCAAAUGCAACUACCGUUUCGACAAAUAGUUUAUUAACACAGACUAGUAGUAAUUAUACACAAUCACCAUAUCAAUCAAGCAUUGAAUUUGAUUUAAAUUCAGAUUGUAUUUCUGAUUUCGGUGGCUAUACUGGCCAUCCACAUAUUCGUCAUGCAUCUAGUGGAACAUUAUUGGUUGCCCGGCCAACUUCAAACACCACCACCACCACCAACACAACGGCAACAACAAAAUCAAAACAACAAUUUUUCAAUAAAAUAUCAUCACGUAGUGGUGGUAAUACUACACCAAAUAGAAAUCUUUAUUAUUCUCGUCAUCGUCAUUCAUCUUCAGCUGUCAUUAUGAAUCAUUGUUCGUCUUCUAUAUCUGGACAGAUUUCUUCAUCAAAUUCUAUUUAUGGUUGUGGUGGUGGUAGUAGUUAUGCCGGUGGUUGUGGUGGUGGUGGUGGUGGUAGUAUUGGCAUACCAAUAACACGUAGACAUCGUUCAUCAUAUCCAUCAUACAGUAUACGUAAUUCUAUUUCAGGUAUUCCAUUACGUAUCGGUCCAAGACUUUAUCCGGGUCGAUCAUCACAAAGUUUCGAUGUGGAUGAAAGUGGCCAAACAAAUGCCGGCAAUGUUAAUGCAUCGGGUCUUACGUUACAGAAUUUACCUGUACGACGUGAAUCAUUUCUAUAUAGAUCGGAUUCUGAAUAUGAAAUAUCACCAAAAUCAGCAUCACGACAUUCAUCCAUUGGUAGUGGUGAAUCCCAUGCUGAAGAUCUUAUCGUCACACCAUUUGCACAAAUUCUUGCGAGCUUACGUAAUGUCCGUAAUAAUUAUAUUCAUAUUACAAAUGUUCGAUAUCCAACCAAUCGUCCACGUGAAGUUGGACGUCGACCUAGUUAUACACAAUUAAUUCAACAACAACAAACACAACAACAACAACAACAACAAAUUAAUACAAAUCAGCCAACAACAACUAAACAGCCAAUAGACGAUAUAAUGUCUAGAUUGGCUGUGGAAACCCUUGAAGAGCUUGAUUGGUGUAUGGAUCAAUUGGAAACAAUACAAUCACAUAGAUCUGUUGGUGAUAUGGCUACCAGUAAAUUUAGACGAAUGUUAAAUAAAGAAUUAAGUCAUUUUUCUGAAACAAAAUCUGGAAGUCAAAUUUCAGAAUAUAUUUUUCGUACAUUUUUAGACAAACAAGAAGAAUUAGAUUUACCAAUAUUACAAUUGGAAGAAAGUUCCAAACAAGGAUCAUUGGCCAUUUCAUCUGGAUCUUCUAGUAAUACAACUGCAGUUGCAUCACCUGCCGAUAAUGCUGCUGCUGCUGCAACUACUACUACUACUACUAGUACUGAUAUAAUGAAGAUAUCACCACCACCAUCAUCAUCAUCAUCUGCCAUACAACCAUUAUCAGGAAAAAAUUCUCCAGCACGUACAAUGUCACAUAUAUCUGGUGUACGUAAAUCAACAUUAACACAUGCAAAUAGUUUAACAAAAACGCCAAGAUUCGGUAUUGAAGCAGCUAAUGAAGAAGAAUUAUCUAGAAUAUUUUCCGAUAUGGAUAAAUGGGGUAUCGAUCUAUUCAAAGUGUCUGAAUAUUCUAAUCAUCAUCCAUUGACUACUGUUAUGUAUACUAUUUUUAGAUCACGUGAUUUAAUGAAAACGUUCCAAAUACCAUCACAAACUUUCAUUCGUUUAAUGUUAACAUUGGAAGAUCAUUAUCAUAUUGAUGUACCAUAUCAUAAUAGCAUACAUGCAGCUGAUGUUGCUCAAUCUGUACAUGUGUUAUUAUUAUCACCAGCACUUGAUUCUGUAUUUACUGAUCUUGAAAUAUUAACGGCAUUAUUUGCCGCUGCCAUACACGAUGUUGAUCAUCCUGGUGUUACUAAUCAAUUUUUAAUCAAUUCAAGCUCUGAAUUAGCAUUAAUGUAUAAUGAUGAAUCUGUAUUGGAAGCACAUUCAUUGGCCGUUGCAUUUAAAGUGCUACAAGAUCCUGAUUGUGACAUUUUUAUAAAUUUAAGCAAAAAACAGCGUCAAACAUUACGUAGAAUGACAAUAGACAUGGUAUUGGCCACCGAUAUGAGCAAACAUAUGAGUCUAUUGGCCGAUUUGAAAACAAUGGUGGAAACAAAAAAAGUGGCCGGUUCUGGUGUAUUAUUUUUAGACAAUUAUACUGAACGUAUACAAGUUUUACAAAAUAUGUUACAUUGUGCCGAUUUAUCUAAUCCAACCAAAAAAUUGGAACUAUACCAAAAAUGGUGUUCAUUAUUGAUGGAAGAAUUUUUUCAACAAGGCGAUAAAGAACAUUCAAUGGGCCUAGAAAUUUCACCAAUGUGUGAUCGUAAUAAUGCAACUAUUGAAAAAUCACAAGUCGGUUUUAUCGAUUAUAUUGUUCAUCCAUUAUGGGAAACAUGGGCAGAUCUUGUACAUCCAGAUGCACAGGAUAUAUUGGAUACAUUGGAAGAGAAUCGUGAUUGGUAUCAAAAUAUGAUACCAGCAAGUCCAACAAAUGAAAAAGAAAAUGAUAAUAGUAAUGAACAUAAUAGUCGACGAUCAUCAUUGGCUGCUGUUGCUGAAAAAAUAAAAUUUCAAGUCACAAUUGAAGAACCAGAAGAUGAAGAUGAUAAUAAUAAUCAU